AUGCUCCAAGAAGCCUCGGAGCACUUGGGGCGCCCAUAUCAAGACAUCAAGGCUUUAAAGGCGAUCUUAAUGGAGACGGGAUUUACUGGCGUGACGAUGCAACACUUCAAAUGGCCAACCAACCCUUGGCCAAAGGAAGCACGGCAUAAAGAGCUUGGAGUUUGGCAUAACGAGAAUCUCGCACAAGGAUGGGAGGCGAUAUGUAUGGCGCCACUGACGAGGGCCCUGCAGUGGACCAAGAACGAGGUUUUGGUGUUGAUGGCCGAAAACCGCAAGGAGUUCUGUGACCGGAGUAUCCAUGCAUACUUCUCUAUUUUGGUCGAGUGGGAGAAUCACUCGAGAAGAAACCUGGCAGCCUACGGCUCACAAGUUAUUGACCUCCUAGACAUUUCCUCCCAUAACCCAGAGUUUCAGCUCCGUCCCAUACCGGCUAGUGAUCCUGUCCUCUCCGGUACCCAUUGGAAGAUGUGGCACAAGGAGGUUGGCGGCUCUCUAUUCCCUGACAAGAAGGUCAUCAACGCCUGCGGUGGACUGAUCAAGGAGGUCAAGCAUCCUGGAUUCUAUGGUGUGGACACCCACUUUAAGGAUGACGAGACCAUGAACUACCUCGUUAGAGUUCCCACGUCCAAGGUGAAGGCAAAUGGGGUUAUGCUGGCCUGGAAGAUUAACGGCGAAGUCCCUCCCUUAUCCACAGAAGUAUACUUUGCAUUGCUGUCUUUGGUCACAUCGGAGCUCGAAGGGAUGGGCUGA